UGGUUUGUAAAAAGGUAAAGAAAUAACAGUGAUGCAACCGUUUUUAUUUUUGCCUGAACGCACAUGUAAAACACUCGUAGAUACACAGUUUUAUAAGUUAUUUUCUCGGUCCCUUUAACACACCAACAGGAAAUCAUGGUCCAUAAGAGGGGGAUAGUUUAAGAAGAAUCUGGCAACCGAUAUCCCAUCUGUCACAAAUUCUGUCAUUGGCAGGACACUAAUAUUAUUUCAUGUUAGUAACAUUAUUCUGCAGAAGGCCAUUAGCAAAGCUGUCACUUAACACCUUGAAGCAUGGGCUCGGGAGAGAGUACGACCAGAAAAGUGUCUUUUGGUGUCGAUGAUGAGGACAGAGUCAGGAUUCUUCGUGGAGUCAAGCUGUCAGAAGAUGUUCUUCAGAGGAUGAGAGGAGUAGCCAACAUCGCUCCAGAACGCACACCGUCAUCAGCCUCAAGCACCCAGAAAGACCCAGGUGUCUCUCGCAGUGCCAGCUCAAGCACUCGACCCCGGCAGAACCCACAGCACCGGGCCCAACCCAAUACCCAGUCCAAGACUAACAAGCCAGACUCCUACGCUAAGGAAGAACAGAGGAGGUAUGAACAACAGCAGGCAAUAUUCAAGGAGGAGUUGGCCAAGGUGGCACAAAGAGAGAGGGAGGCAGCGAUGCAGGAGAUGAUUAAAACUAUGAGCCGGGAAAGACAACACACUCACCAGGAGGCUGAGAAGUUCAAACAACUGGCUCAGCAGCUACAGAAGAAAGAUUCACAGCUGAAAGCACUGGAUGCCUUCUACAAGGAGCAGCUGGCACAACUGGAGAAGAGGAAUUUGGAAAGAUACGAACAGAGCAAGGACCAGUUCCACCAAGCUGCCUCCAAGACUGAAGCAAACGUGAGAUCUCGCAAUAUAGACCCGGUGUGUUCUGGCCUGCAGGCUCAGAUUUUAUCCUGCUACAGGGAGAACAGAGACCAGACCCUAAGGUGUUCAGACCUUGCCAAAGAAUACAUGCAGUGUAUCAAUGCUGCAAAGAAGAACCUGCUGGUCAACCAUGGAUGAAGAGUGGGAGGGAGAGGGUAAAAAGGUUACUCGACGAAGGCUUUUAUUUUGGCACUAAGAGCGGCACUUGUCGCAAUUGCUGUUUUGAAUUAUGAAAGCUGAUUUGCUGUUAGCAUGCCUUGUUUUUAAAACGUUCCUAUUUUGCUAUUUAUCUGCAGUAUCAUCUGUUAAAGUUGCUCUACUAUUCUGCACUGCUACAUUUAACGGGAAGGCUUUUGAAAGAGUGUGUAUUAGGUUCAUGGUCUGAGUCAGUACGCUUUCAAUUUAGUCAUUUAAAAGAUCGGCAGAAAAUAUUUCUAAGAUUGUAAAAUCAUAAAAAUACAGUCAGGGUCACUCCUCCAUCGGCUGAAUGGCAUUCAGUUGGAAGCGCUGCUGCUUCUGUGCAGAUGAAAAAGAAAGUAUUCCACUGUCUGAGCUGAAUCAGGUGCAUAGGGACCGUCCUUGUUUUCAGCACUGUCUGAAAGAGCUGAUGGAGUUGUAUCACGUUUAAGUUUUAUGGUUUUGUAUUUUUUUUUUUAAACAACACAGGAAUAAACUCAGGUAAUCCUGACCAUGACUUUAAUUCAUCACACCUGUGAUUUAUUAUAUGAUUUUAUUAAACCAUUCAAAUCUGGUUUCAUUCAUGUCUUUAGUCUUUCUACUCAACUACUACUCAGCUAGUUUCUGUGCUAAUUCAGCUUUAAUGUGUACGUUUCAUUUCAACUGAGUGAUUAAUUGAUUCCUCAGAAUAAGCCAAACCACCUUAAUUUCCUUUCAGACCACCUUUCAAAAUGAAAUGAUGGUGCUUCAUAGAACACGAAUGAAAAAAAAAAACCCUUUGAUUUGUUAGGUGGUUAGUUGGAGCCUGACACCAACUACGCUACACCGUUGAAUCUUCUAAUAGUAAUGCAUUGACUGCCGCGUGCCACUCCCUAAUUAAGCACCUUAGACGGAGCAUUUUAAAUUCAGACUACAAUACAACUCAAGCUAUGAAAUGGUAGCACUGACAACCAUACUGCAACUGUUAGUAACUUUUUUCAAUAAAUUAACCGUAAGUUUGAGAUAGUCUAAGAGUUCUGAAACAGCCUGACAGAAGGGAAGUCUCUACAGAUGUGGUUUAUUCAGGAUUCUGUUUAACAAAAAAAAAUCCAUCAUGAAGACCUGAAGAGCAUCUCAUUGAGCAUCAGUAGUCAUGUUUGCAUCCAAGUGUGAUGCAAAACUGAACAGACGUACUAUCACUACUGCUGUGUGAAUAUUAGGAGUUGGUUCAUUGAGAUGAACAGGUGGUGGUACUAAUCCUCCAGUCGGUGCCAUUAAACCAUUGCAGAAGAAAAGAACACAGUGAGAUGACGUGAUUAAAAGAGCUCCAGUCAAAUGGUGGAAAACAAUGUAGAAAACAUAAUGGAAAUAUGGCAUGUUUAUUUGUGUCAUGUCUUAUUUCAGAGAGUGUUAUGCCGUCCUCAUCACUCCAAACUGAUCUGAUUAUUUCAUCUGUCGUUAUUUUUUGUCUCUUUAGUCAAAUGCUACAUCGACAUCCUAUUUCUUUUGCUAAAUUUGACCCCAUUGCACUUUGCUGGCUUUUGUUUUUAUCAGUACACAAACGUUUCCACCUCAGACAAGCGCAAACGUUUUUUGCUUUUUUUUUUCUGCAUUUCAGCUCAAGUUGCAUAAUUUGGAAAUGCGAAUACAAACAGGUGGAUGGGAAUGCACCUAUUUAUUCCCUGAAUGAAGAUAAGAGAAGAAGUGCAGCAGAGUAACAAAAGUAUGACGACACUGACCAAACUUGAACAGAGAAAAAAGCUGUCACUCAGACACUGAGAAAUAAUUAUUGGUACUAAAUGAGACCAUGUGAAUGUGUCCGUUAAUAAAAUGUGU